UUGUCACACGAAUCUCCACACAGUCCGCUUAUGCGCAUGCGUUCCAGAAAGCUAAGGAGAUUUUCGAUUCGCGCGGAAGUAGUGUGAUUGUUUUGGAGAAAAUUGAAGGGAUCUGAGUGUAAAGUGGCAUAAAAUAAUGUCAGGAAAAUCGAAAGCAUUUACCAAAGAAGAAGAGCUUCUUCUUCAAGAUUUCUCGCGGAAUGUGUCAACAAAAUCUUCAGCGUUAUUUUACGGCAAUGCUUUUAUCGUUUCGGCUAUCCCCAUCUGGCUUUUUUGGAGAAUUCACUUGAUUGACAUCUACGCUAAUUUAAUUUCCUUCGUUUUAGUAACAUUAGAGAGCACAUAUGCUCUUGCUCUCGCGUAUAAAAAUACAAAAUUCGUGUUAAAGCAUAAGAUUGCAGUAAAAAGGGAAGAUGCAGUGACAAAGGAAAUGAGCAGAAAGUUAUCAGAAGACAAGAAGAUGAGCAAGAAGGAAAAGGAUGAAAGAGAUACCGCGGGAGGAAAGAAUAAACGAAGGGGGUCAGAGUCUGGAGUAUCGAGGAACGAAAAGACGGCCCUGAUUUCGAGCCUCGCGGCAUCAUCUGCGUCUGCAUCCCAGAAAUAGCGCAAGCGCCUUUCCAAAAGCUUUAAGGCCCGUGAAGAAGCGGAUAGAAGAAGCUGACGAUUGGCUGGAGGUUGCGGGGUGCGGUCCGGCAUCGCCACGCAACCGCUAUAUCCUCCUUUUCGAAUAUUACCGCGACGAUGGCCGUUUCUCGUGACAGUGUUCGACAGACAGCAACCAUACCACCUACGUUCUAACGACGUAGAGAACGUAGAGAACCGCCACGAUUUUCUAUUUUUCUCGUCGCGAAUAAUCAAUUUAUCAUUCGCAUUCUCCACGACGGUUUUUUUCGUCGUGUUCGAUUGUCGUAGCCGCAGUGUUUCUUAAGUUCUUUCUUUAUGAGUAAAUUCGUUUGUUAAUUUCAACAAGCAAAAAGAAAGUAAAACGUUCAAAGUAAAAAACAAA